CAUGCCGGAGUCGGACAACGACUCCGGCGGGCCGAGCAACACCGGCGGGGAGGGGGAGCUGUCGUCGCCGCGGGAGCAGGACCGCUUCCUGCCCAUCGCCAACGUGAGCCGCAUCAUGAAGAAGGCGCUCCCGGCCAACGCCAAGAUCAGCAAGGACGCCAAGGAGACGGUGCAGGAGUGCGUCUCCGAGUUCAUCUCCUUCAUCACCGGCGAGGCCUCCGACAAGUGCCAGCGCGAGAAGCGCAAGACCAUCAACGGCGACGACCUCCUCUGGGCCAUGACCACCCUCGGCUUCGAGGACUACGUCGACCCCCUCAAGCACUACCUCCACAAGUUCCGCGAGAUCGAGGGCGAGAGGGCCGCCGCCACGUCGACGUCAACCGCGCCGCAGCACCUGCCCGACAAUAAUGCCACCGGUUACGCCGACUAUGGUGGCGCCGCUGUCCCCGCCCCGGCCCGGGGAGGCAUGAUGAUGAUGGGGCAGCCCAUGUACGGCUCACCGCCGCCGCAGCAACACCAGCAGCAGCAGCACCAACAUCAGGUUGCAAUGGGAGGGAGAGCGGGCUUUCCCUAUCACGGAGGCAGCAGCGGUGGCGGCGGGUCGUCUUCUUCGUCGGGGUUCGGAUGGAAAGAGGGGUGACAUCUUUUCUUUUCUUGUCGUUUUGAGCUGACCAAAGUGAGUGAUUUCAACAUAUGUUCCUCUCUUGGAUGAAGCCGUGACUUGUAGCUUAGGGAAAUCCAUUCAGUACAAGGAGGAAUAAUUGUUCAGCAAAUCAGUUUUCUUCUAUAAACAGGAGGAAUGUAUAACUACGAGUCUACAAAUCAUACCUGGGAAGCUCUCCAUGAAUUACUUGUUUAACAACAUGGCGAGACACAAUACCAAUAUAUUGAUGUUAAAAGAACUCA